CACGCUUUCUGAUGGAGUUUUGCAAUGACCUGUAAAUAUAGCCUUGGGCUUAUAAGAGUUUCAUUUUCACACAUGAGUGCACUAGCAAGAAGUUGCUACACCACUUUCGCUGCUUUUCAUUACAUACAUCUCUACUUCAGGUGUCUUGGUUGCUUUUUGCUGCUUUUCUGUUUCCCGUUUCUUUGUCAACCUGAUUAAAUGUUUCAUUGUCAAUGCUCCAGCAGGUUAGCAUUAUAGGGCUUGAUAUUUUGGAUAUCUACAGUAAUAAUCAAUGGUCCCUGCAGCACUGGAGUGGCUGCUACAUGCUAUUAUUGAUGUAUCUGUCCUAGGCAGAAGGAAAUGGAAAUAAUGUUAAGUAUAAUAGCACUGACUCUGUGGGCUUUACACUUUGAAAGAGGACUUACACAUUCUGAAGCCUUUAACAGAGACCACUUAAAUGGAACUAUCAAGUCCAAGACCCAACUUAUCAAUAGCACCUGGGCCAUGGAUACAUUUCUAGAAAUGAACAGAAGCACUGAAGUCAGAAAGCAACAAAAUACUGCAGCACUUAUUCCUUUCACCGGUCUCACUGACAGCAGUAAACUGAGCAGAAAUUGCUGCAAGAAUGGUGGAACCUGUGUUUUAGGAAGUUUUUGUGCCUGCCCAAAGCAUUUUACUGGACGACACUGUGAACACGAUGAAAGGAAAAAGAAUUGUGCCACCAAAAUCAGGCACGGAGACUGGGUGCAGCGCGGCUGCAGGCUAUGUCGCUGCGCAUAUGGAAUUCUUCACUGCUUGGCGGAAUCCAUGCAAACUAAUUGCGAUCCUACAAGUGGAGACAAUUGGAUGGAAUUAUAUUCAUAUGGAGCAAUAUUACGUCCAUGGCCAUUUGUUAUGUUUUUUCUAACCUCGAUUGUAAGUUUUUUAGUAUUUUGACAUUAAUGCAGCAAACCAUUGGUUUAUAUACCCCAAACUGAAUGCAAUUAAAAUAUUAUAUAUUUCCUUCCUAUGGAAGAAUUCAAUUGUUUAAAUACGUAUUUAUUAAAAUUAUAUUUAAUUUAAUGUACCAAUUUAUGAAAUAAGAUGUACUGCACUACUGACUACUGCUAUAAAGUGUCAUAAGCAAAUAAAAAAACGCAUUUGUUUUGUAAAUGUGUAAAGUA